AUGUUCAGCAACGAUGAAGAAAAGAAGACAGUUUUUAACUUACGAAAAUUGAAUGAAUUGCCUUAUCAUCUUUUACAAGCAGGCAAUCUUGAGAAUCUAAAAAAACACACUCUUUGCAACUUCGAGUUCCUUUUAGCUAAGCUUCGUGCAACUUCUUUAGAAUCAAUCCUGAACGACUUUACCGCCUCGCUUCUUCUGCAUCCAGAUGAUGAAGACCUGGUCGCUUUGGAGAAAACGUUGCAGCUGUCAUCCGCAGCUCUCAAAGCUGAUGCUAAUCAGCUGGCACCUCAACUUCUUGGAAGACUAAUUCCACAGCACAAUCAAGCCGAGCUCACUGGCAUUAGCCUCCUGCUACAACAGACGUAUUCCUCAUCGGUCCCUUGUCUGAUACCAAGUGACAAAUGCUUGACAUCUCCGGGCGGACCACUCAUUUCGUCCAUGAAAAUACCAGGCAAAUCUGUCUUCAAAUGUUGUGGUUUUAGCUGCGAUGGGAAAACAGCGUACAUUACGUCUUCUUUUUCUCAACCACUUCAUAUUCAGAUAUCGAGCGUGAAUUUAUUGAAUGGGAAAACAUUCAGACGAGUGACUCUUCCAGGAUCGCUGGGGGUAGGAGUCGUGUGGGUCGUUCAGGGAAGCAGUAUCAACGAAGAUCUCCUGCUGUUGGUAGGUUCUACUGACAUUUUUCUCAUUAAGCCAUCAACGGGCCAAGUGCUCCAGAAACUCGCAGCCCUCGUCAAGGAAAGAAUGUACAAUCCAAUGCCUCCUGUUUCGUUUGUGGAUAACGAAACUAGUGUCAUUGCCAUAACAGACAAAGACAUCAAGAUAUGGACGGCUGAAGAUGGAAAAGUUGCACAUAAGAUUGAUAUUGGCAAGAUUCCCACUGAUGAAGAGUACGGCACUAUAGGAGCAUCAGGGUGUCACGCAGUCUUCAGCCUCCACGGUUCUAGAAGUUUCACAGUGCUCAACUGUAAAACGGGAGAGAAGGUUCGCGAAGUUAACGUGUUCAGCGGGGCGGGUGCAUGUUUUGUGGGCGAAAUCAAAGUUACCUCCAAAGAGCAAGUGGUCGUGACAUCCUCGGAGAAAAAUGGCCUUCGAUUGUUUGACCUCCACACCGGAGAUUUUAUCAGAGAAAUAUCUCAGUUUAAAAUCAACAAGGGCCUACUUCGGACCCAUAUUACAGCAGACGGAACAAAGGCUGUGAGUGUAGCUGACUACGAGAUUUUGGUGACAAAUCUGGAAGAUGGAAUAGUUUGCAAAACUUUGAAGAGUAAGUCGUUCGGAACGCUUAUUAUUCACGUUAAUUUUUUCACAAACGACGGAAAAUUAGCCAUCUCCCUGGCUCAGGAUGAUGUAAUCCGUAUCUACAACCUUCAGCAGGCUCUUAGAGAGGGCACCGAAGACGUUUCCAAGCCAUCAUCUUACAACAAGGCCGUAUCUUCAAUUGAUUCCAUUAACUAUCUAAACACGGGAACAGAUGCAAGACAUGUAAUUGCGACAGCCACGGUCAACAACUCCAACCAAAUUGCUAUUUGGGACACUUUGACUGGAGUAAUGGUGCGAGCGUUGAAAGUAUUCCAAGAAUUGCCUCCCACUACGAUAAGAAUUUAUGGAGCAAGUCGUGCCGUUGGCUAUAUUCACGAUCAAGAGUAUCUUCAUUUUAGAGUUUUUGAUUUGAAAGAAGGGAAGGUUGAAAGAAAUCUGCAGGGCAAAGCGUCCAAAAGAACGGAAGCGUUUGGGUUCAUUGACGAGAACCACAUCAUCGCUUUCUCGCGCGGAAGACGUAACCUCAAAGUUUGGAGCAUCAAUGAUGGGAAGCUCACAAAGCAAUUUAAGUUUGGACAAAAGCAUCGAUUCGAAGACAUGCUUAUCAGUAGAAGCGGAAGAGUAGUAGUUUGUAGUCAAAUAUGCCCAACUGUUAGCUACGAGGAGGGUACCUUGCCUCUCUUUGCCCUCAACACGCAGUCAGGGGAAUAUAAAGUCUUGGAAAUUGAGAACACCCAGCUAAUGCUUUGGAAUGGGUGCUUAUCAGACGACGGGAGCUACCUCGUUAGUCUUUCCAAAGACUUCAAGGCAUUGCUGUGGGAUUUCACGAAUGGUACUUUAAAGGGUAACCUAGUCGCAAAUGAAGAAAAUCCAACCGCAAUCUGCACGGCCAUAUCAACAGCAAGCAAAGUGGUCCUAACCGGCCAAGGUGAUGGGGGUAUCACCGUUUGGGACAUUGGAAAUGGGCGUGUCCGUUCCACGAUGGAAUGUGCAACCGUUGAUUCCCUUUUUGUCGCACAAGAUGGCAAAGUGGCAUUUUCAAACUAUCGGUACACAAACAGCAACAUCGAUGCAUGGGAUCUAGAGACAGGCUCGAAGCUGGCCACUUUCACUUCAGAUUGGAAACCGGAACGAAUUACAAUAUCUGGAAAUCGUCUUGUGGUGGCUAAAGCAGAUAAACCAGAGCUGUUGAUGUUCCGAACACAUAUUCCUAGAAGUUCAGAAGGUACCAAGCCUGUUGAUUCUCCAUUUAAGGACUGUCCAUUGGAAAGUGUUCUGCAAGCUGAUCAAGACUUGGUUCAUGCUCGAGAAGGGGACGAAGAUGAGGAUAGCGAAGAUGAUUUUGACAAGACUGAUUUUCAAAAAACUGAGUUCACAAGAAAAGCGGUCCAUGCAAAACCCAACGUAAUAAUUGGUGGCGGUAGCUCGGUUUUUGCUUCCAAACGUGUUUUCAUUUCGGAAAAAGUUUACCGAGACAACUUUAUGUGAAGCUUCCAUAGCAGAAGUAAAGUUUGCUACGUAAUCUGUCAUGGCAAAAAUUUGACGUGCAGACCUGUAACACGUUAGUCCUCCUUUUUAAAUCGAAAGGGUCUUGCAUAGAUUGCUCUGGUUAGAUCGUUUAAUAGUUAGGAAACUAAUCUUAUACCCAAAUCCUACCGUACAGCUUAACUAAAAGGCGUAGAAGGUCUGGGUAUGAAAAUAUUAGGAAAUUACAUGGUAGCACCUUCGAAUUACGUGGACCAUACGAAGCGUUCAUUUCCCUAAUUUUAAAAGAAAUACAUUCCAAAAAAAAUCAAUGCUACGGAGAAAGUUAAAGAUAAACCGUACACAGCCGCGCUCAAACGCAUCACUCUAAAUAUUACAAGAAAGGAAAAUGCAAAUCGUUUUGUUCUAACUUUACGACACUUAUACGAUCGAAGAGAAGUUAUACCUCAAUUUUGCAUAGGUCAAUCUAUUGUAUUGAAAAAUCCAGCGACAAAAGUAUAUGAACAUCGCAUUUCGUGGAUUUAGUGAGUUUUCGAACAAUCUAAUCGAAUUUUUCAAUAGGACUUGCUUCUAAUGUAAUUAAUGUUCCAUUAAAGGAUUAGAAACCCACCCCUUUUGUAGACUUUCACACCAAGUCCUAUAAAGUCAAGCAAUGAAUAAUCAUGCUUCGAUCCCUCAAACUUCUACUUGAUGCGGUGAGGUUUGAAAAGAAGUGAAGUUUUUACCAUUGUUUUACUGUAGAGGUGAAAGAAAGCUAGCAUCGUCUCCUUCUACACCUUCAUUGCAUGCUGAGAACUUAAGACUGACACUACUCACUAGAUUUUCUUAUUGGGUAUGAGAUCCUACAACUUUUAGAUCCAUAGCUGUCCUUAUAGUUUAUUGGUAAAUAUUUAUCAAAAUUUGAACAUCCCUCAAAAACACGCAAUUUGCAGCAUACAAAUACAAUGGAUCUGGCAAGUUUCGCUCCAGAAAAUAGCGCACGUUUCUAGAAGCAGAUAUUAUUAUUAUCUAUGACGCCAAUGCUAAUAACCUUGAUCCAACUCACUGAGCAAACGGAAAAUCUUGUCAACGUAUUAUGCCCGCCCCGUGACAUUAAUAACGCAAAGGCGUCGCCUGACGAAACAAGCUUAAAAGUCAUCUUUGCUAGAUCAGAGCUCAAGCAAACUUAAGCUGCCAAUAAAUCGACGUACAUUGACCACUCUGAGGAUUCUUUCAACUGUGCUGCGAGAGGUAACCCGUAGAAAUUUUGUGUCGUGACAUGGUGUACCCCUGCAUUCCGAGGGCACUGAGGGUGAUCUUAACAUCGUGUCGCCAUGGUGUCAAACUCUGAUGACAGGUUUACAUUACUUAUUUAUUCACUUCUAAUAAUCAUUAAAUUCGAUUCGCGCUUCGAACUUAGAAACUGAGACUUACCGCUAGUGGGUUAUUUUGUUGUUGCUAUUGUUGCUAAAAAAAAGAUCAUCGUUUGUUACUACGCACGGUAAUAUCGGAGAGAAGUCUCUUCCAUUUAACGAAAGUGUCAAUUUUCAAACUUGAACAUUGGGAGCACAUGCAGGUAAGCGCCUAAAACCUUCUCUAACGGACACUUCGCGUUAUUAUUUGAUUCGUUACUACGAAUGAGCUCUAACUUAAAAGAUUUCAUUAUCUUGCUGAACAAAGCGUCAAUAAGUAAAAAAAAAAACCACUGACACCUCUCGAAAACGGACACGAUGUCGAAAAUCUCUGCUUGAAUAAAGCACAGAAUUACAAUUAUCUAAUUCAUGAUUAUUGAGAAAAUUCAAGGGAUGGAAAAUUGUUUUAUGGAUCGGGGUAAUUUUGUGGCUUUAUACGUUUCUUGGUUUUGUAUUUCACAAGUAAAAAAGCGGUUUUACAAUGAGUAAUCUUUAAUUGAACCUACAACACCUGUGAUCGCUUUAAAAUUUUCAAAAAUUAAUCUACAUAUUCAUCACAUGUUUACAAAAGUAAUAGCUGCUGGGGUUAAAAAUGCAAAUUAGUUUUAUAUUUUCAGUUCGCAGCAAGUCACGCAUUGUGUUUAAUUUUUCCAAAAGAAGAAAGAGAGGGAAUAACGCACUCAUACCUUUGUCUCUUGCAUUAAAUUUGUCACAAGCUCUUUGGGUUGGUGUACUUAUUUUAGUAAAGUACGCCCCACAUAACAGGUUGUAGUUGCGUUAUUUUCUGUAUAAAACUUACUUAGAGGUUGAUUUAUAACUUUCAUCACAGUCCUGACAAAUCUGUUGAAAACAUCUCGAUUUGUCGGUCAAGUUAGAGGUUAUCAUACCGCCUGACAAUGCCGGGAGCGCUGUUUCUGCGAGACGAAAGAAAAAAUUAACAGUAGAACAUAAUGAAGUAUUUUCAUGUUACAUUAUUUCUAAACUAACAUAGGAAUCGCAUAUAUAAAUGGACUUCCAAAGCCACCUCAACCGAAAUUUAGUGAUUCAGACACAAGCUCUUGGAUAAAGAGACUGUGUCGCUUUAGCUCAGCUCUUAAUAACGACUUUAUAGUAAUGAUUACAUAUGUGGUCAUCGUAACCGAGAAAUAACUGAAAAAUAUAUUUCAGCUGCUGGUUUAAACUUCAACGAUAAGUUUUCUCCAAACACAAGCGUCUGUCAAGAACGAUGGGUGUUCUUCUGUCCAAAAAGAAAAACAAGGAGCGACAUGGCUUCCAGGUAACGGAAGAUGACGACUCCGAAUCUCAGAGGAGUUCCGAAGACGAAAGGGAGCCGAAAAGUGACGAUGAUCAUUCCGAUAACGAGGAGAAGGACGAAAGUAAAUCUGACCAGGAAGAAAGCGCCAGUGAAGACAAUGAAGACAAAAAAAGCAGAAGCAGUUCUUCGGCAAGCAGCGAGAAAAGCAAAUCAUCUCAAGAAGAUGAAGGUGUCGAGGAGGAAAAAGACGAAGAGGUGGAAGUAAAAGAAGGCAGUCUUAAAGAUGUCGUCUUGGCUCGGACUGAAGUGAACUUAAGUUACGAGAAAAAAGUAGAGAAAGCCCUGGUUGGUGAUAUGGAUUUUGAAUAUCCAGAGCAAGCGAAAAUCGUGAGGAUCUUUACCAGCUCCACGUUCACAGGUAUUUUUGUUUCGCAUUGGUUCAUAAAAUAGUUCAAGUUUUAGACCUGGGGAUGAUAUAAAAACAACGAAAUCAUCCUUACAGGUGACCUACAAAUGACGAAAUUGCGAAAAGCACAUCCUGUAAAAUUUCAUGCAUCGGCAGGAUUCGAAUCCGUGCUAAGGAGAGGCUUUAUUCAAAAGAUGAAUUUUCGAAGACUACAAGACUUAUUUAUAUAUAGUUUUUAGACUUAAAGAGUCUGGGAUCACAUAAAGCGGGUAUGUUUAUUCUUGUCAGUUUUGACCAACGUACGUUUCGCAGCGCAGAUCAGCUAGAAGGAAAAAACUGAUUGAGAGCUCUACAUCUAGCGAUUGGGGUGCUAGUUGUGCUAGUUCAUAUGUUUUGCUAUUAUGGGCUAGAGAGCUCCACGGUAGAGGGGUCCGUGGAACGUUUGUGCUUGGUUUAGCGGAGACGAUUACACAGUGCAUGACAUGCGCACGUAAACCUAGUUAUUUCGUUGCCUUUCUUUGCUAAAUAUUGAAGACUUUAUCAGAGUUGCUGCUCAUAAAUUUCAGAAUCCUUAGUUUCGUGCAAGGGAAAGUUAGUAAAGAUCGAACUUAUUGACUUACGGUCUUUAUUUUACUUUUAGACACUUCAGUGGAGCGCAACACAUUGAUGGAGCGAGUGUAUCCCCGACUCAAGUCCUACUGUCAGGAGAGAGGACAUGACUUUCAAGUGGUAGACAUGAGAUGGGGAGUCCGUGAUGAGUCCACUGAUGAUCACAUGACCACUGAGCUGUGCAUGAGAGAGCUGCGCGCAUGUCAGAAGCUGUCCACUGGACCCAACUUCAUUGUAAGUUAGAGUAAGGAAUUAAAUAGACCAAUGAGCUCUCGCAAAAAGGAUCAUUUUAUACACAUUGGUAAGUUUGGUACCGAUAAAAAGCAAAAUAGCAUGUAAAGAUUUUGCUUUUUAAAGGCAGUUUUCAGACCAACCGGUUUUGAAAUUUUUUUUGACUUGUGUGAUUGCAAAUCCUUUUUUAUUUUUUACUUUUUUUUUCAGACGUUUCUUGGACAAAAAUAUGGUUACCGUCCAUUUCCUACGAAAAUAGUGGCCUCUGAGUUUGAGAAGCUCCUUGGUGCGGUUGAAAAUCAGGACGAUGUUGCGCUACUGAAACACUGGUUUUGGCGAGACGACAACGCGGUUCCCGCCCAAUAUCUGUUGCAGCCAAUCACAUCGCUACUGCCCCACUAUCGCGACUAUGCGAACGAGGAGUUACGUAAGAAAGCGUCUGCCGAUUGGUGGACAGCGUUUGAGAGAAUGCAGGUUGUUUUGAGGGAAGCCGCUGACAAGGCUUUGGAUGAGAAGAGUGAACGGCAUAAAUAUCACAUGUCAGGUAUUGAUAUGACUCAGGAACACAAUUAUAUGUUCUUAGCACAUUUGACAAUUUGAUCUGUGAUCUACUACUGAACAGACGCACGGUAAUAAGGAAUUCGUAAAAGAGAUCAUCCUCGCAGGUGAGCCGUAACUAACCCUUUAACCCCCAGAAGUGAUUCACAUGUUACUUCUCCAUACAAUAUCCAUGCACUAUCCAGCAAACAGGUAAUGAGAAUACUCAAAUGUAUCAGGUAGAAGUUGUUACCUUGAUCUAAUACCAAAUUCUUGUAACUAAUUUACAAGGAAAUGUUUAGCAGCUAGAGGGGAGGAUUAAAAAUCCGAUCCUGGGAGUUAAAGGAUUAAAGAAACUGCAAAAAGGAAACAUGUAAAUAUUCAGGAAGCCUGAAUUUUUUCAGGAUACUUUUCUGUCAUUUCUUUCAUCGCUGCUUACCUGCGAGGAUCAUUUCUUUACCUGUAUGAUUCAGGCAAUUGAGGUUCUAAGAGGUGACCCCAUCAAAACAUGCACAAAACGUUUUGACGUAGUUACCUAGGUUGAUCACAUUGAAUACCUCUUAUGGCCAUAAAAUACCUUAUUGUUAUACAAUUAUUUGUGUCCUUUCAUAGUUACCGAGGACGAAAUCCGAAGAGGCAUCAUAGACGCUUCACAUCCUUCAAGCCAUUGCUUCUGGUUUAAAAGAGUCAUCACAAAUCUCCACGACAAAAUUGAGAGUAAAAGCGCUGGAAAAUUCAUUGAUAAGACGUGGGGAGCCAAUUCAUCGGUAGAUGAAACUGCUCAGAAAUUACUUAACGUUCUUCGGGAGAACGAUCUUCCUCAGGCGUUAUCAAGCGCAAACAUUGUGAAUUAUGACAUCAAAUGGUCUGAAGAUGGCGUCGACCCAUCUACCUCAGAAGAACAUUUUCAGUACAUAGAAAAACUCUGCAAAGAUUUUUAUGAUACCCUGACUCAGAUGAUCGAUAAAGGGAUUAAGGAGAAAGAAACAUCUGGUGCGAGAGAUUCAUUUGCAGAGGAAGUAUUUCAGCAUGGUUCAUUUUGCCAGAAAAAGUGCAAAUCAUUUCAUGGUCGUAAAGAGUUUUUGGAGGCUUCGAAAAACGUUCUAGUGAAUCAUGAAAAUCAAGCUGUUGUGCUCCAUGGAGAAUCGGGUUGUGGAAAGACGUCGAUUAUGGCGAAAAUUGUCUCCGAAGUUAAACAGUGGCUUGAAGACGACUCUGCUAUAGUGGUUUUACGUUUUAUUGGUACCACACCCGAAUCGUCUGGCAUCAGGCCCCUUUUAAGAAGCAUAUGCGUUCAGUUGUGUAGAGCGACCGAUCAGAAUACUACAGAUAUACCGGAGGUAUGGUUUGCAAUUAUUGUACCUAUAACUGGAAGGGUCGAAAAGAUUAUUGAUGUGUCCAUAAGAAUGAAUGAAUCAUCAGUUAAUUCCGUAAUAUAUCGUUAUAUAUCACGAGGUUAACACAUAUGUUAAGUCAGCAAUAGCGGGAAUAAGGGCCUUACUGUGUUUAGGUCGAGGAAAGUAAAGGAAAAAAUUAUUCAAAACUGUUCCAUUUUAUGCUUAGGAUAUUAAAUCCCUGAAAGACUACUUUCAAGAAUGCUUGAAGAAGUCGGCUGAAAAUCACCCCGUUGUUCUGGUUUUGGAUUCAUUGGAUCAACUCUCCAUAGAUGACGGUGGCCGGCAAAUGGACUGGUACCCAAGACAGUUACCAAGCGAUGUAUACGCCAUUCUUUCCACGCUACCCGGCGAGGAAUAUCAGGCCUUACCAAGUCUCAGAGUAAGUUGAAAGCAGCAUCGGGAAAAUUCACGCCUUUGUUCUUUUCUUUCCAUGUCAAUAAAUUUGGAUACUAGGACUCCUGUAAUUUGGAGUCUUUAUUUAAAAGUGCCUAAUUGUGUUGAAAAACAUAUUUGUCGUGUCAAACGCCUCCACCACAAAGAUAAGUACUGUAUUUCACAACUCAACCAUUUAUAAUUUUUUGUUAAUCACGAGGUCGCGUAAAAUCACAUGACCAUAACGUCACUAACUCAAUGGCACGCAAUGCGUGCAAACAAGAUAAAAAAUGUUAACAAAAACAAUUAAAUAAAAUGUCAAUGUUCGGUCGCAACAAAAUUAAAGCAACUAUCUGUUCGCUUGUGCUUUCCUCGCAUUAAGCUUCUGCACAGAAUCGAAGAAUAUAAUCUUAAAUGCUUUCUGUUUGAGCUUUUACCAUAAGUCUAUGAUAUAUUUUUUUAGUUAGAAGCAUGAUUUUAUUGAUUCAUUUUCUUUGCACAUGGUAGACAAUCCUUCCGAGUGAAUGUUUUUUGGAAGUACCAAAGAUUCCUCUUAAUGAAGCAGAUGUCAUCCUUGACAAUUGGCUCAGAGCAGGUAAUCGAGCAAUCCUACCAAAACAGAAAACCUAUGUCAUGGAAUCUUUUCAGAAGUGUCCCCUUCCCUUGUACCUUAAGCUGGCUUUUGACGAAGCCCUGCGAUGGAACUCGUACACUCCUUUCUCCGAGCUUUGCCUCGAGCCAUCUGUGCGGGAAAUCAUUGAUGACAUGUUCAGCCGGGUUGAAAGACGACACGGGAAAGUUUUGGUCAGUCAUGCGCUGGCCUACAUCACAGCAUCUAAGAACGGCUUGACAGAGACUGAGUUAGAAGACUUGCUCUCGUUAGACGAAGAAGUCCUUAAUGAUGUCUAUCAGUACUGGACACCUCCAGUGAGAAGACUUCCACCACUGCUGUGGAUUCGCAUUCGGUCUGACAUUGGUGACUAUCUUAUUGAACGAGGAGCUGACGGCACCCGGGUGGUAUUUUGGUAUCAUCGUCAGUUCAUCGAAGCUGCAAGGGAAAGAUACUUGGCAGGUGAUCAAGCUACUAAAAUUCACGCCAUUAUGAGCGAAUACUUCCUCGGGAGGUGGUCUGGCGGAAUCAAAAAGCCAUUUCUUAACAAAGAAAGCAAAGAGAUGUUCAUGGACAGAUUGGUACCAAAGCAACCAUUGAUGUUCGACUCGAGUGACGACAACGAGAUCUUUAAUCUUCGCAAGUUGAGUGAGCUUCCAUUUCACUUGUUUCAUUCUGGAAACCUAGAACAAAUGAAACAAGAGUGCCUUUGUAACUUCGAGUUUCUUUUGGCAAAACUGAGAGGAACCUCUCUACAAGUUCUUAUGAGUGAUUUUUCGUCUUUCCUUGACGCAAAACCGGAAGAUAAUGAUGUGGAUCUCCUUCACGAGUGCUUACAACUCUCUGCUUAUUCGCUCUCCCAAAAUGGUAAUCAACUACCCACACAGUUGAUAGGCCGCAUGUACAACUUUUUAGAGAGACAGGAACAGUACCCUGAUGUGCACAAGGUCUUGAAGCAAGCGCUGAAUUCUUCGACAGCUUGUUUUCUUCCAAACAGAAAGUGUUUGACAGCGCCUGGUGGAGCACUGCGUUCUUCCAUCGGAUUAACGCAGUCUGGCAGCGAUGUCAUCAGCAUGGCUAAAGAUAACCGCACUAUUGCAGUGUCAAGCCAAACAUCGGAUGGCCUUGUUGUCAGAAUCAUUGAUUACGUUAGUAAUAAAGAAGUAAGAAAGUUUACUCUUCAACAGCCGGUCGAAAUGUAUAGCACAAAUUUUAAUCAAAUAAGUCAGAAGAAUCCUGAUUUAUUGCUGCUUGCUGGAUCGCAUAAAAUCUUCCUGCUCAACACACUGUCUGGACAAAUAGUGCAAGAAUUUCAAGUUUCUGAUGACGAUUGGUUUUCUUACAACCCUUAUGCUCCAAUUUCAUUUGCCGAUGAUGAAAACUUGCUGGUUGCUAUCUGUCCUGACUCACUGAGGGUAUGGCAGGUAGAAAAUGGUACACUUCUCCACACCCUACCCCUGAAAGGCGUCAACACAGAAGACGAAAUUGGUGCCAUAGAUGCUCGUGGAAGCUUUGCGGUCUACAACGUACGGGGGACAAACACGGUGCACUUCAUCGAUUUGAAAAUUGGCCGAGAAGUGCGAAAGAUCACCAUCUCAUACCCUAAGAGUAAAGGUUCCAGCGAAAAAGUCUUUGUCAAGGAAAUCAAAAUAACAUCCCUUGAUCAAGUGGCUGUGAUCCCAUCUUCAUUUGAUAGUUUGCGACUUUACGAUCUCUCAGCAAACCUGAUUCGUGAACUAACAAAUUUCAAGAUGCAAGAAGGUCUUCAUCGAAUGCAGAUUACCGAUGACGGCACGAAAGUCGUGACAGCUGAUAUGUAUGAAAUCUGUAUUCUGAACCUGGAAACAAACGAAAUGGAGAGAUGUCUCAGAAGUCCAAUUUUUCGGAUGCGAGUUUACACACGUGAUGGAAUCCACAUAUUGGCAGUGGGACAAGACAACAUCCUACGUGUCUACGACAAAAGUCGAGAGGAAGAUGACGAAAACCAAAAGGAUACUGCUCUCAGCACAAUACAAGGCAACACGAUUGCUGACCAACUCACAGCCAUUUCGCCCAGUUUUGAUCAACGCCAUGUACUAACAUCUGCUGUUAUUCAACUUCGGAACGAGCUAGCUGUCUGGGAUGGGCUAACUGGUAAAAGAGUUCGCCGUCUAAUGAAUCUUACGGUGUUUCCGAAUCCCAUUCGCAUGUUCACCGCCACCCGCGCUGUCGGCUUCAUCUACGAUCAGGAAAUCCCACAUUACAAAGUGUUCAACUUUGCUGAGGGAAAAAUUGAGAGAAAUCUGGAAGGAAAAGCAUGUAAAAGGAUGAACGCGUUUGGAUUCAUUGAUCAAAGACGGAUGAUCUCGUUUUCUAGAGGAAGGCGAUUCGUCAAAGUAUGGGAUGUUGACAGUGGCAAAGUGCUGAAGGUGGUGAAGUUCAAAGAAAAGCAACGAUUCGAGGACUUGUUGAUCAGUAAUAACGGCAAAAAGGCUGUGUGUUCACUAGCAAGCCAGAUGACUCAGCAUCGCGACAAAGAACUACGCUUGACUGUUAUUGACACAACCAGCUUCAGCAGCAAGAACCUUAUGUACAAAGGCGAACAGUUAAGUCUUUUUAACGCACGGAUAUCAGAUGAUGGAAACUAUCUGGUCAGUUUAGUACAAUAUUCUCAGCCACUACUCUGGAACCUCCAAACUGGCCAGCUGAUACAAAAGCUGUUUGACCCGGACGCCUACGAAACGGCCAGCACCGUCGCAAUUUCGGGAGCAUCGAUGACAGCCAUAACUGGAACGGGUGACCAGAAGAUCAAAAUAUGGAGCAUCGAAAGUGGUGAGGUCUUGCGCUGCAUAGAUACUUCGCCAGUCCUCGAGCUUUUUAUUUCACCAGAUGGGGAAGUGAUCAUUUCCAAAUCUCAAGAAACAAAUGGCUUCGACGCCUGGGAGACGAAGACUGAGAAGAAACUUGGCUCGUUCACUACUGACGGUUUCCCAAAUCAUGCGAAAAGUUUUGGAGACAGGCUUGCAUUGGGACUUGGCGAAAACCCUAAUCUGAUGAUUCUCCAUUUGCAUCGUCCCGCACUGAAAAACAGAAUGGAAGAAGAGAAUUUACAGUCUCCAUAUGACGGUCUACCCGUGGAAGCAACCGUGGAAAAUUUCCAAGAAAAACCUACGCGUGAUGACGGCAUUGAUGAUGAUAAGGAUAAUGAUAACAGUUCCAUAGCCUAG